GCCGUAGCGCAUGCACGUACAACCUCGAGAGAUUUUCGAUUCAAAUUUCCUCAUAUAAAAACUUGUAUCGUGAUUGACUUAGUGAUUUUGUGUGUGUGACAUUUUGUGGUUAGAAAAAGGAUUCUUAUUGUGAUUAACAUAAAAUGCAAAACCGCAAACGUCAAAAGAAGAGAAGACCAAAGCCGGGUAUUGUGAAAUGGACUUGUCACGCGAAAAUGUAACUUAAAGUGGAAUAAUAAGACUGAAAAUGGCGUUGCAUUGUCGCCCGAUGGGCAGAAUUUCAGGGAGAUAUAUGCUUGUGAUAGUUCUAUUUCUGUGCCGGACAAUAGUUUGUGACAGUCACUGUCCUAAGUUUGGCGAGAAACCUUUGGAAACGAGGGUGCAAGAUGCCUCCAUAGUUUUUAGAGCAGUUGUAGUACAAACGCAUUCUCAGAGCAAAACGCUAGACUUAGCUCUGGUAUCUAUAUAUAGAGGAGGAGUGGAGUUAGCGUCGGUUAGUCAAUAUGAAGGGUCGCCUUACAAUACAACAGACAGACAGGUGAACCUAAAAAUCAGCUCUCAACUUGAGGGCUGUUUCAAUUGGAGCAUGGCGCCGUCUCAAAGUGAGCUGGUGGUCUUCGCCAGGGUCAGUGAACCUGCAGUAGACCUGGAGACUACUCCUCCAGAUGGUCCAUGGCUGGAGGCGACUGCUGCAGCAGUGCCCUGGAGUUUGGGCGUGGAUAUAGCCAUUUGGAAUGCUGUCGGUUGGGCGGGGUGGGGAGAGUGGGGGGCUUGUAGCCGGACGUGUGGAGGGGGUAAACAGACCAGGAGAAGAUACUGCUCUAGAGCAUCGUGCGAAGGGUAUGGAGAACAAGCCAGGUCGUGUAACUCUUUCGACUGUGAAGGUACCGUAAACCCCUUAGCGCCAGGCGCUAGAAGGAACUUCCACCCAUCCCAAGCCCGGUGGGGUCCAGUAGCAGACCGCCCCCACGCGUUCAGCUUGCGACCAAACUCUUACAUCUGGAUAGCUUCCUCAGAGCUGUUCGCAGCUGGAAAGACGUUCCCUAGAGAGUUCACGUUGUUCCUCUCACUGAGGUUAAGACCUGAGAGUGGAGGCUACGGUCAAGGGACCUUAUUCUCCCUGAGAUCCCGAAGGCGGACGGGCUCAUUCCUGUCCUUGGAGUUGGCUGGAAGAGGCGCAGCCAGGCUGGUGCAUGCAGGAGCUGGCUCAUCCAGGUCUAUAUACCUGGCUGUGCCGUUGUAUGACUUCCGUUGGCAUCAUAUUGCAAUCAGUGUCCACGAUGAUAACACAGUACGAGCAUUUGUCGACUGCAGAUGGCUCAGAACUGAUGUACUGGAGAAAGAUGCAUUGGACACGCCCAGAGACGCCGACCUCAUUAUAGGAUACCUAUUUUCUGGCGACUUGGAACAGCUGGUUUUGGUGCCAAAGGCCGGACAAGCACACAAGCAGUGCGCGAGCCAAGUCACUGGUGUAUCCGCGCCGUACGUCACUUUGCACAAUUCGUAACUGUAAAACAAUGUACACGGUAAGAGGUUGAAAUCUUGUGUAA